GCGUAGCAGCCGGCGGCCCCCUGGAGCCCUGCAGGGGGCUCCAGGAGGCCGCCUUGGGCCCGGCCUCAGGAAAACGAGGUCUCCGCCGUGGGAGCCUCGACCCUUCUUCCUAGCCGGUGGCGGGGCGCAGCGCCUCCCUCUCACCCCCGUCUUUGUGCGGGGUGCCGGCGGCCAUUGUGUCCGGGCGCGGAAUGGAGGAUCUGGCAGUCCCCCAACGCCCUGUCCAGGGCCUUUUGGGAAAUUCAGAAACAACCAGCGGUGUUUGUGGGGGGUCUCCAGCAUACAGCCUCUCGGAAAGGCCCGGGGGUGGUCUUUCCGAAAUCAGAUCGCAGAUCCGAGGCCGUUUUCCCCUCCCCGCGACCCUGCGCGAAACCUUGAGGUUCACUGAGAAGUCCCUUUAGGGUUUCGGAAGCCUCAUCCAGGGCUGAACCGUCUCUUGGCUUUGGAUCCUGGAAGAGAAUCGCUAAACACAGAGCAGACCCAGUGAGUGAGCAGGUGUUUUGGACAAUGGACUGGUUGAGCCCAUCUCUAUUAUAAAAAUGUCUCAGAGCAACCGGGAGCUGGUGGUUGACUUUCUCUCCUACAAGCUUUCCCAGAAAGGAUACAGCUGGAGUCAGUUUAGUGAUGUCGAAGAGAACAGGACUGAGGCCCCAGAAGUAACUGAAUCAGAGAGGGAGACCCCCAGUGCCGUCAAUGGCAACCCAUCCUGGCACCUGGCGGACAGCCGGGCGGUGAAUGGAGCCACUGGCCACAGCAGCAGCUUGGAAGCACGGGAGGUGAUUCCCAUGGCAGCAGUGAAGCAAGCGCUGAGAGAGGCUGGCGAUGAGUUUGAACUGCGGUACCGGCGGGCGUUCAGUGAUCUAACAUCCCAGCUUCAUAUAACCCCAGGGACAGCAUAUCAGAGCUUUGAACAGGUAGUGAAUGAACUCUUCCGGGAUGGGGUAAACUGGGGUCGCAUCGUGGCCUUUUUCUCCUUCGGCGGGGCACUGUGCGUGGAAAGCGUGGACAAGGAGAUGCAGGUAUUGGUGAGUCGGAUCGCAGGUUGGAUGGCCACCUACCUGAAUGACCACCUAGAGCCUUGGAUCCAGGAGAACGGCGGCUGGGACACUUUUGUGGAUCUCUACGGGAACAAUGCAGCAGCCGAGAGCCGGAAAGGCCAGGAGCGUUUCAACCGCUGGUUCCUGACGGGCAUGACUGUGGCUGGUGUGGUUCUGCUGGGCUCACUCUUCAGUCGGAAGUGACCAGACACUGACCACCCACUCACCUCUCGCCUCUCACCCUCCCCCACCACAACUCUCUUCAGCCACCAUUGCUACCAGGAGAACCACUACAUGCAACUCACACCCCUCCCCCAUCAUAGGGUUGGGCCUAGACCGAGUCCCCUGCUGUUAGCUUUCUAGAACCUACCAUGCUUCUGUGAGAGCCACCUUCCCCCACAUCUCAAUUCCCUUGGCCUCAAAAUUCACAAGGUUUUCCCUCAAGUCGGCCCCUUGGAGGCUGGCAGGAGUAGGAAGGGGUGUGCUAGAGGAAGGAGGGCCUGCCUCGUUGGUGGGACCCUUGUAACUCCUGAGCGGCCUAAGAAUGCUUUUCUGACAGGGAGCUGGAGAGCUUUCUAAAUCUCUUCCCCAGAAAGAGACUAGGUUGCCUUGGUUUUGAUGUGUGUGGCCUCAGAAUUGAUCAUUUCCCAUCCUACUGUGUCCCUGGGCCCUCCUCCCACCCCCAACCCCCCUUUCCCAUCUCCACCCCAAGAGCCAUUGAGAGGCCCCUUUUGACUAAUUAGAAAUUCAGGCUGAUGGGAUAAAGAGGCAAGGAUCAGAACCUCCUCCCAGGCUGUAGCCUGGCCAAAGCCCCCACCCCAGGUCUGAAUGUUCUCCUGAGGCCUCUGGCUGAAGGCUAGCUCCACCCAGAAGGAGGGGCUUAGCCGCAGAAAGUCCUUCGUGCUAGAGCUAAAUUGGCUCUUGCAGCUUAGCACCAUCCUUCUUUACCCCUCCCCUGGCUCCCAUGACCAUGACUGAGGGACCAACUGGGCCCAAGAUAGGUGCCCCAGAGCUGUUAAUGACUUCAGCUGCCUCACUUCCUGCAAGAUCAGG